UCUUCCACCAGUUCCAACAGCGCCAUCUGCCUCCAGCACCCGCACCCGCCUCUCUCUCCAACCUGCCUGUCAUGUCGCACUACGUCAUCGGCCUUGACCUCACCGACGCCUCGUCGUUCACCUUCACCUGGGCCUACCGCCAUCUCCUCAGCGACGGCGACACCGCUACCAUCAUCACCGUCCUGCCCGGCUGGACCGAGGGCACCACCAAGGUCUCCGAGCUCACUCCCGAGAUGAGCGCCGCCGAAUCGCUCGCCCAGGAGCGCGCCAACAACCUGCUCCUCGAGAUGGAGAAGACCGAGAAGCGCCAGAUCGAGACUUACUUCCGUGUUGUCCACGCCGACCAGGAUCCUCGUGUUGCCCUCUGCAAUGCUGCUGUCAACCUCAAGGCCAGCACUCUCGUCCUUGGCUACGACCAGAAAAAGUCCAGCCACGACUUUGGCGCCUACUGCCUCGACCACUGCCAGGUUCCCGUCGUUGUUGUCCGCCCCACUCUGCUCUAAAGCAGUAGCCCUGUGAUCUUGUCACAGAGGAAUGCCACAGAGGAGUACCAGGACAAUCCGCAGCAGUCCGUGUCUCAUCGCCGGGGGCUUGCUUGCUUGCUUGCUUGCCCGCCUCGAGCCUGGGCGAUUCGGUCUGGAUUGCCAAAUGGUAUACCCUCUCUGUCCAACUCUUUCCUCCACUCUGGCCUCGCCAUCCAAGCCCACGUAUUGCUAGGUCCAUACCCAGCGAUACAACUCAUGUAGAAUAGAGAGCGCGCCUCGCAACGCGGCUCGCCAACACCCAUCCUGCACUGUCUACAUCGGCGGCAUUCAUUAAUAAAAACGGAGCACCCUGUAUAUCACCCUCUCUGG